AUUUCAAAUUUAUGAGUUACCCUUAUGGAUUUUGCUCUCCACAACGUCCCAUGCACCCUUAAGUAUAUUAUCCAAAUUCCAUUCCACAAUAAAGAUAAGCCCAAUAUUCUCUUCCACCCUCUGUAAUUUUUUCAAAUAUUAUUAAUCUAGGUUUACCGCCCAUCUAUUGGAAUGAGACCUCCUCAAUAACCUUAUUAUCCCUAAUAUUAAAUUUAAAAUCCAACUCCACCUAUUAAUUAUGGUCAAAGUCCAGUUAAACCAUAAUCAGCUUUACAAUAAUCUUAUCCAGUCCAUUAACAAAAUCAAAGAAUCCCAAAUUAUCCACCUUAAGUUUAUAAAUAAUAAUAACAGAUUGCUGUAAGACCACCAGUAGGAUAAUAGUAAAUUCCUCCCUAAUAAAGAGGAACAGCUCAAUAUCAUUAUUAGCCAUAAUAAUAAUUAUUAUCAAAACAAUAACCAUUGUUAUCACCAUAGUAGUAGCCAUAGUUGUUACCAUAGUAGUAAACAUAGUUAUUGCCAUAGUAAUAAACUUAAAAUAAAGUUGUCUAACCUCCUAAAUAAUCUUCAUAAUAAUAUUUACAAAGUUAAUCAAAACCAUAAGCACAUCCUUCUUAACAUAGACCUGAGUAAUAAUAAAAUUAAUAAAUUCCAUAACAAUAAAAACAAUAAGUUAAUAAACCUCCUUAAUAAUUUAAAUAACCAUAAUAAUCAUAAAAGGAUGAUGAUUUAGAAAAGAAAUUUUAAGAUGCUAUAGAUAGAACAAGAGAUCUUGUUUAAAAAUAUUAAAAUCCAUAAACAAAAUAACCUUAAUAACCAUAAUAAACACAAUAAUAUUAGAGUCCAUAAACAAAAUAAGAGUAGAAUUCCAAUCAACCAUAAGUUGAUGAUAAUUAGUUAUAAGAUUUAGCUCUUUAAUAUGAAGAUGGUUAUAUUUAUAGAGGUUAAGGUUAUGAACCAGCUACUAGAGAAGGUUAUGGUAUUUUGACAGAUUAGGAAGAUAAUACAGUUUAUGAUGGUUAAUGGAAGGAUAAUUAAUAUCAUGGUUAAGGAAAAUUGAUUAAUGUUUAAGCAGAAUAGAUUGAAGGUCCUUUUGAUUAUUAAGAUUUAAGUGUUAUUGAAAAUGGAUGGCUUGGUUAUGAAGGUAUUUUAAUUAUUAUUAUAUUAAAGGUGAUUUUUUUGAAGGAAAAAUGAAUGGUUUUGGUAGAUUAUAACUUACAAAUGGUGAAAUGUUUGAAGGUCAAUUUUAAGAUGGUAUGAUUGAUGGUGAAGGUAUUUUUACUGCUGCAAAUGGUUAAACUAUAAAAGGAUUAUGGAGAGAAGGUGUAUUAACUUAAGUUUUUGCAUGAUUU